AUGUCCGAAACAGCUGUAGAGUCCUUGUCGAUGGAGACGGUUCUCCGUCUUGGGACCAUUGCCAUCUGCACUUACGACUAUGUCAGAACUCUUCCAGGGGAGUACAAAUUCUGGCGUGAUAAAGGGCCGCAGAUCCGUCCCAAGUCGUUCAUCUUCGUGUUCCAAGUCAAAUCGGGCAUUGACCCACAGCUUUAUAGCCUCGUCCUCUUCGUCCUUAUUCGCUACAUCAGUGCCGCGGUCCUGAUUGUUAGCAACGUCGGAUAUUUUUCACAUUCCUUCGGUGAAAAGUCAUGCCAGAGAUAUUACAUGGUCCCUGUGGUCCUGAAAGCCCUUCAGAUGACUGUAUGCCAGUUAAUUCUUGGACUACGAACAUACAGCAUCUCUCGACGCUCACAACGAAUCAAAAGUUUUCUUGUCGUCGUGACAGUGAUAGUCACUUUACUCGAGUGGUUCACAAAUUUAUAUGGCCGGGUCAUGAUUCAAACGGACGGAAAUUGCACGUCAGGCAACGACCCUUCAAAAUUGGUGAACUGGAUGUUCUACAUCUGGGCCAUGCUUUAUGAUAUGACUACUUUAGGAUUGUCCACCUACUUCUUGGUCAAAGCUGGCGGCUCAGGAUUGUCUUCUAUGACUGGCUUAGUGAGAGCCAUGGUUGUUGAUGGCCUUGGAUAUAUCGUACUCCUUACUAUAACGAAUACCCUAAACCUUAUCCUAUACCGGGCCUCUAGUCUCAGCGCCCAAGCUGCUGCCGCGACUCUUGGCAUCGCUUUUACAUGGAUUAUGUCACAAAACAUUCUGAUAAAGACCAGAGGUAUGCGGUCGUACAAGAACCAUCAGCCAUCGAGUGGACGCACACCUUACAGCAGGUCCGAUGACCAGAGUCCAGCAGCCGUUGCUGUCACAACUAAGGGUAUUGAGCUUGAAGUGCAGGUUACGAUCAAUCGCGAACAGGAUGUCGACGAGCCUGGGGUCAAGUGGGACGACUCGAGAUCAGAUGUAGAGAGUCAGAAGAUGAGCAGGCUUACGAGGUGAUGAAGUCGUUAUGCCUCUUUACCUAACAUUAUUUUUUUUGGGUUUCAUUGAGCGGUCGUAGAUACCACUGGUUGAAUACAUAGUUCGAUAUAGACAGAUUGCAUUUUGAAAGUAGUGCACUAAUGUAAUAGCUUUGAUGUAAGCGAAUGGAUAGGAU